CUCCCAGGAGGCUGGACUGACUUCACAGGGCUGAGUUGCAGAGGACAGGCUGCACUGCCUAGUGCUUGUCAAACUUUCACUUUUAUCCUGUUUGUUGGUGUGGCAGUGACUAAAGAAAUCACGUGACUAAGACCAGAGUCGCUGUGUGGGGUGUGGAUAUCUGGGGGCUUGAUGGGAAUUGUCAGUGAUCCACCAGGGUGGGUUACAAGUGCUUAGAAGUGCGAGUUCCUCCUCACAGCUAUAUGGGGAUGUGUGUCAGUGUGGGAGUACAUGCAUAUGAGCAGGUGCCCGGGGUGGUCAGAGGCGUUAGGUUGGCUGGAGCUGGAGAUCCCUGUGAACCACCUGGAGUAGGUGCUGGGACCAAAAUCAGGACCUCUGUAAGAGCAGUGUCUGCUCAUAACCACUGAGCCAUGUCUCCAGCCCUUCUGAUGAACAUAUACAGUUAGUGCUGUUUAUGCCAAGGGUUAAAAAAAAAUCAAGGCAGUCUAUCUACUACAGAGCUCUUUUGUGUAAAAUGGCUGUGAUUUCUUAUUCUAGGCACAAAACAUUAUGCUGUGACUUUGCUGGGCGUUUUAGAUAAAAAGGACAGUAACUGCUUUUAAGAGUCUGCUUUGGGCAUGCUUUUUUUACAUUUAGAAAACACUGGUAGAUUUUUAUGAAAAAAAAUCAGUUGCUAUGAUGACUUGGCUUUGAGACUGCAAACUGGUGACGACAUGGUCACCUAGGAAACAGAAAGCUGCAGCAUCUAAGAGGCCUCCAAAGGGUUUUGUUACUGUUGUCUAGAAUGUGAUUGGCUUAAAGGAGUGGCCAUUGAGAAGGGAAAGGAACAUCAGAGGUAGAAUGACCUCCAGAAACUUCUUGGCACAGAUCAAGCUGGGCAAAUCUCCUACUUGGGCCUUGGUUUAAAAACAAAGGGGAGAUUUUGAGCACUCUCUGGAUUAUUAUGAGGCUUGGCUCUGAUCUUUUGGCUGCUGAAAAACAGGAAAUGAGGAUUCACAGAUGGAGUCAGUGGAAAAGACAACGAACAGAAGUGAACAGAAAUCAAGAAAGUUUUUAAAGAGUCUCAUUAGGAAGCAACCGCAGGACCUGCUCCUGGUCAUUGGGACUGGCGUGAGUGCCGCAGUGGCCCCAGGGAUCCGUGCCCUCUGCUCUUGGAGGAGCUGCAUUGAGGCUGUCAUCGAGGCUGCAGAGCAGCUGGAGGUUCUGCACCCUGGGGACGUCGCCGAGUUCCGGAGGAAGGUGAUGAAGGACCGGGACCUGCUGGUUGUGGCCCAUGAUCUGAUCCGGAAAAUGUCACCUCGUACAGGCGACACCAAGCCCAACUUCUUCCAGGAUUGUCUUAUGGAGGUCUUUGACAGCUUGGAACAGCACAUCCAGAACCCUGUGGUACUGCAGUCCAUCCUCAGCCUGAUGGACAGAGGCACCAUGGUGCUGACUACCAACUAUGACAACCUGCUGGAGAUCUUUGGGCAGCAGCAGAGCAAGCCCAUGGAGUCCCUGGACUUGAAGGACAAGACGAAGGUCCUUCAGUGGGCAAGAGGCCACAUCAAGUACGGAGUUCUUCAUAUUCAUGGCUUGUACACAGACCCUUGUGGGAUGGUACUGGAUCCAUCGGGCUAUAAAGAUGUCACUCAAGAUCCAGAAGUAAUGGAAGUCCUGCAAAACUUGUACCGCACCAAGUCCUUCCUGUUUGUGGGCUGUGGAGAGACCCUGCGCGACCAGAUCUUCCAAGCUCUUUUCUUGUACUCGGUGCCAAACAAGGUGGACUUAGAGCACUACAUGGUAGUGCUCAAGGAAAAUGAAGACCACUUCUUCAAGCACCAAGCAGACAUGCUUUUGCAUGGAAUUAAAGUCGUGUCCUAUGGGGACUGCUUUGACCUUUUCCCAGGCUAUGUGCAAGACCUUGCCACUCAGAUCUGCAAACAGCGAAGUCCAGAUGCUGAGCGAGUGGACAGCACCACCUUACUGGGUAAUGCAUGUCAGGAUUGUGCGAAGAGGAAGUUGGAAGAAAAUGGAAUCGAAGUUACAAAGAAAAUCAGACAGUCAGAUACUGAUGAUGCUGGAGGGUCUUGAAGAUUUUAAAACUUGAAACUUGAAAACCAGCCUUCUGUAACCACAGUGCCAUGCCCAAGCAAUGAGGAAUGUACAGAGGACUCCAUAUGGAUCUCUCAAUAGAGAACUGUUACAUACCCCAAAAGAGCCAUGUGGGUAUGUGGCCUUCGUGGUUGAAUGACAGAACUCCACUAUGUACUUAGCUGCUCGGGAGGUGACAUAGACACACUUCAGGUAUAUUCUGUAAGGACUAAUGGACAGCUACCUCAGGGACCAAAUUGCAAGGUGGGAGGUGGGAUGUACCUGGCACUGUUCCUUUUUCCUGUUUGACAUGUUUUCGUAUGUCAGUGUGUUAUUUUUCCUAAUGCAGGGAGGAGAGUGAAGACUGUCCAAGCAACAGUAGUUGCCAAAGAGAAAAUAAGACAUAAACAUUUAUAUUUUAUACUUUUAUGUAGAAACAUCUUUUACUGUAGAAAGUUUUUUAAAGAUGCAUUGGUUUUACUGUUAAAUAGGAAAGAGUGGGUGGAUAGUAGAGGUGCUGACUCCACUAGUGGAAAUGGUUGUUGUUAAAGGAAUGAAUAAAUCAGUUGGGUUUAUUUGGAAUUGUGACAUUUCAGUAAUUUCUGUUUCAAAACAAUGGUAGACUAUCUGGUAGUCUGAGUCCGAUCCACUAGAUCCACUCCAGAAGUUAGAACGUAAAAGCGAAGCACAAGACCAAGCUUUAAACUUUUAGGACUUAAGUUCUAAGCUUUCCAAGUCUUAUUUCUCUAAGAUAAGACCCAUCUUUUCUGUUUUCCUCUCUUCCCAUGGUUCAUAUUAAGAUUUUCAUGGAGUGGGGUAGGCAAUACUUUGAAAGGGCUUGCCACAUUUUAACUAUAUUCAAGGUUUACUUCUGGGAAACUCCCAUGCUUAGAGCACUGCGCAUGCCUAGAGUUCCUCUGAUGGUGACCCUGGCAAAGGCUCAUGUUAUGCAGAUCAGUCUGAAAGGAAGACUUCUUAGAAACAGGUCCCGCAUGGCUCAUUUGAGGCUACUAUCUUUGAUAUGAUGCCAAACUCUGAUAUCUUGCCAAGCCCUGCCUGUGACAUUGCAUGGAUGGCACUGUAGCUCCCAAGAAGACCAGGGGUAAUUAAGAACAGGAAACACAGGUUGAGACAGGAAUGAGGAAGAAGCCAGAAAUGGGCUGAAGACCCCCCUCCCUUUUUAAGUGUGGAAAAUAAAUCUUUUAUUGUCACUGGUUGUAAAUAAAAUUUUAAAAUCAA